UUGAUGGCCUAUCUGAAGAUCAGAUGAAAUUUGCCAUGAUGGCCACGUACAGGGAACAGCCUAGUUUUCUGUUCAGAGUACUGGAAGCAGUAAACCAACAGUUUACUGCAAGUGAAACUACACCAGAGCCAGAACCAACUCCAACACCAACACCUUCAGGAGAUGUCCCAACUUGGUGCCGGUGCAACAAUUGCAGGGAAAUGCCCAGUGAGGUUGAAAAAAGAUGUUGCAAUCAAAUACUUCAAAACUGCCACUCUAUACUACAUGAUUUUCACAAUGUUGUAUUGGACCCUUUGGUUCUUGAGGUUGCAAUGAGAUACCGGAAUGAUAUGAUUGCUCAGCCUCCAGACCAAGACUACAAUAGAUGCCACAGACACACAGCAUACCGCCAAUAUGUUCUGUGGAUCCAUGGAUAUCUUGGAGCUGGGAACAGACAAGUAAUUCCAAGUUGCUGUGUUUGGGCUAUAAGGAACAGAUUCCCAGACCCAUCUGGCCAAUAUGUUGGAUUUAUUGGAGGACGUUUUGGUUGAGAAGGAAUAAAUUUUAUUUCAAUUUUA